GGUCGCUGUAUCCUGUGUGCGCUCGUGUAGGUUGAAUGUUCAUUCUAUUCCAUUGACGGUUUAUUAUAGGGCAUCGAAUUUAUUCGAACUGCAUUAAGGCAAAUAAUUAGAUAUUUUGACCGAAUGCUCUUUUGACACGUCGCGUGGAAACAUAUAAUCCGGCAAAAGAAUGGCUGAAUUACCGAUGGGGAAAGGGGUUUCCGCAGGGAGGCUUGCGAGCAAUGUACAGAAAAAAAUAACCAGGGCUCAGGAAAAGGUUCUCCAAAAGCUUGGCAAGGCUGAUGAAACUAAAGAUCUGGCAUUUGAAGAGGGUGUGAUCAACUUUAACAAACAGCUGGUUGAGGGUACCAAACUGCAGAAAGACCUCCGGGCCUAUUUGACUGCUGUGAAAGCCAUGCAUGAGUCCUCUAAACAUCUCUACGAGUGCCUAGAUGAAAUGUAUGAGCCGGACUGGUAUGGCAGUAAGGAUGUCGAAUCCCUCUUUGAGGACUCAGACCUCCUCUGGACAGAUUUCCAUCAAAAAUUGGUAGAUCAUGCGCUCAUAUCCAUGGACACUUACUUGGGCCAAUUUCCUGACAUCAGGGCUCGUAUCUCAAAGCGUGACAGGAAGCUGGUGGACUUUGACAGUGCUCGCCACAAUUAUGCUGCGGUAAACAAAGGCAAGAAAAAGGAGGGGAUUAAGAUCACCAAGCCAGCAUCUCUUCUGGAGAGAGCCGCCCCAGGCUGGGCUCAGGGGAUCCUGUCGGCCCAUAAUGUAGCGCAGACCAGUCUCUCCAGGAGUCAGGCAGAAGAAGAGUUGGAUAGGGCACAGAAGGUAUUCGAGGAGAUUAAUAUAGAUUUGCAGGAGGAACUGCCAUCACUGUGGAACAGUCGAGUCGGCUUUUAUGUGAACACAUUCCAGAGUAUGGCUGGUCUUGAGGAAAAGUUUCACAGAGAAAUGGGGAAAAUUAAUCAGAAUCUGAAUGAUACACUGGAGAAAUUAGAAAAUCAAGAUACGUCCAGAAAUGCAGGUAGCCAAGGGGCGAGGACAUCAGCACCCCAGACGAGUGAGAGAACGGAAGAUGCCAAUCACACUUUGAGUCCAGGAGUUCCGCCAGCCAUUCCCAAAUCACCGUCUAAGCUAAGGCCUGCUGUCCCUCCACCUCCUAAAGUUACUCCAUCAAAGGACUUGAAGCAGGAAAACAUAAUCAACCUGUUUGGAGAAGCUGCAACUCCAGACAUCAGUGUCACUUCGCCAACCCAGUAUGAGGCUCCAGCAACUGCUAAUCUGCUGGACAUGGACCUGGACUCACUUCAGGCUGCUACCACUCCUGUAGCUCAGAAGACUUGGGACUCAUGGGAGCAAGCAGGCAAGGAAGCUGAGGUUCCUCAGACAUGGGACGAUGAUGGUACCCAGACUGUGCGCUCUGGCUGGGGUGAUGAUGGUAACAAGGCUAGCUGGGAUGAUGAUUGUAGCCAACCUGUGUGUGCUCCGGCCGCAUACCCCACCUGGGAUGAUGAUGAAGGCUCUCAGCCUGUUCAGGGUCAUGAAAAUGAUGCUACCCUGCAGGCCGAGGGGUGGGACGAUGAUGGGGCUCAGCAGGCCACAGAAAAGACAGCUGCUCCAGAAGAGCCAUCGGCUGAAGUUAAAGCAAAGGCACCAGCUGAGAGUGUAGAGAUGCCUGAAGGCUUGCUUUUUAAAGUGAAAGCAAUGCAUGACUAUAAUGCCAAUGACUGUGAUGAGCUGGAGUUGAAAGCAGGAGAUGUAGUGUUGGUGGUGACUUUUGAAAGUCAAGAUGACCAGGAUGAUGGGUGGCUGGUUGGGGUGAAAGAAUCCGACUGGAUUCAGUCUAAAGAUCUUGGGAAGAAAGGAGUCUUUCCUGAAAAUUUCACAGAGCGGAUUUAAGAGCCUGGCCGCUGUCUUGAUCCGUGACACUUCUGCUUUUUCCUUGUGAAUCCUUGUUUCACCUUUGAACUUACCCUGAAAAUGCAGAGAUUAAAAACUGUACCACACAGACAAAUACAGAAACCUCUGGCGUAGCCCACUACAUUUAUGCACCCACAGGCAAUCGGUUGUGUUACGCUUGUGGAAGUGGAGUUUGCAUUGUUGACAGGUCAGUCUUUCUGUUUUUUUUAUUAGCCUCCCUACAGCGUCAAGUAACACUCUGUUAUUAAGUAUUGCCUAAAAGGAACGUUAUUUCAUCUGCCAGUAUGUUUCGUAAUAAAAAAACAGGAAAUAGUCAAAAAGGUUUAAUUGUUGUCUAAGGUGCUCACAAAACAAGUAGUCUCUGUAGUCUAAUACUGAGCACUUUAUUAGUUGCAUGAUGUUGUAAGAGCACUCUUUCAAGGAAACUUUUUGACUGCUCAAUGUCAGAUAUCUACGCUAGCUUUGGCCCUGUCCACCAGCAUCAUUUUUUCUGCAUUUAUAAAUCAGGAACAAAGAAAAACGUAAAAAAUAACAUGAGACUAAUAAGGUGUCCUUUCCUUUUUAAUAACAGAAAAACAAUAUGCACUCAUUCAAAUGUAGUUAAUAUUGAAACUAAGGAGACUGACAUACAGUAUAUAUCCCCAGAUAUUUGCUCAGGUUAGAUUUUAAUAAACCUGCGUGCUGUCUCUGACACUCAGCUUUACUCUAUAUAUGAUAUAACUGUCCACAGAUCCUUAAAAAGCCAUUCAUGAAAUCUCUGCGAUCAUUUUACUUCACUGUGCAAAGGGCAUAAUCAUUCAGUUAAAAAUGGUUUAUAUUCUGUAAACUACUAUCAGAUGCUUUAUUUACUUAACAUGUGAGGCAAUAAUGUCUACACAGAUCCUCAUUUGUUUAUGAAGUGUAUGUAUAGACAUGGGUCAGAAUUAUAGGAAAAUUGUCAUUUUGUGAUUCGAGAAAGUAACAUUAAGACGAAACAAUGUGUAAUCUGGUGCAACAUAUUAAAGUCGUUCCAAAUAUGCAUAAUUCAGUCCUCUUACAUUGAAUUUAAGGUUUAUUUUUGUACAUUGUGAGACAAAUGAGAGUUGCAAUGUUUAAGUCUACGUGCCAUGAACAUGAACCGGUGAGGUAUAAUCUGCUCAUUUCAUGUUUGGAUCAGAUCUAAUGAUCAAUUUCAAAGCAAGUGCAGUUUAUGAACUUCUAGAUAGCCGGACCUUAAGUCUGUAUUUCUGAGAAAUUGAUUCAUCAGCUGUUGUGCUGAAUGACAACUUUUUGUUAGUUUUUUUGUUUGGUUUGUUACUCCUGAUCUCUAUCUUCUCUCCUUGAGGCAAGUGCGCGCGUGUUUUUGUAUCCUGUACUGAGAAAUCAAUGUGAUCUCUAGAGACAUAUUAUUGCGAUAUUUAAGCUGCCAAUGCGUUUUGAUGACCUGUCGGGUGUAGUCAGAACGGAUGGGAAACACAUCCACUUUCUGUAUUUGAGUGCAUUUACAAUAUUUGGUAGUCGUUGUGUUUGUGGCUGUAAACAUUGUGUAGUUUUGUUGGGUUUUAUCACUAAAAUACAAAUUAUCUUGCCAUAUCUAUAUCUGUAUUUAGUGUGAAUGUGAAAGAGGCAUGCUUAACUCCACGAGCGGUGUGUCAGUGUGUACUAACUUGAUGUUUUCAGGCUGAGGUGAUCUGGGAGACUAGGGCCACUUCAUGCCACUCAAGCCAUGAGUGUAGUCAUUCUACAGAUCUGUGUCCUGCUAACUCACCUAUGUUAAUAAACAUACAUUUUAUCC